AAAUACUGGAAAGUGAUAAGCAGCAAACAACUGAAGAUUCAAUGGAUGUAAAUAAGGAUAACCAAGAGGCCAUUCCUCAUUCAAGCACAUCAUCUGUGCAAAGUGAUGAUUUCCACUGGGAUCAGUAUUUGAAAGCGACGGGAUCCCUAAGUGCUCCUUCAGAUUACUUCAGACAGUCUAAAAUUCCACCGGCUAAUGACUUCAGAAUUGGAAUGAAAUUGGAAGCCCGUGACCCUCGCAAUGUUACUUCCAUAUGUAUUGCUACGGUUAUUGGAAUUACUGGAGCCAGGUUACGUUUACGGCUCGAUGGCAGUGACAACAGAAAUGACUUUUGGAGGCUUGUUGAUUCCUGCGACAUACAGCCUGUGGGGACGUGUGAAAAGGAAGGAGACUUACUUCAACCUCCACUAGGAUUCCAGAUGAAUGCAUCGUCUUGGCCAAUGUUCCUGUUACGAACCCUGAGUGGGUCCGAAAUGGCACCUGCAGCAUUCUUCAAAAAGGAACCACCGAAACCUCCCCUAAAUAAUUUUAAAGUGGGGAUGAAGCUCGAGGCUGUUGACAAAAAAAAUCCGUUUUUCAUCUGCCCUGCAACAAUCGGAGGUGUUAGAGGAGACGAAGUUCACAUCACAUUUGAUGGCUGGAGUGGAGCAUUUGAUUACUGGUGCAGAUACGACUCGCGGGAUCUUUUUCCAGUUGGGUGGUGUUGCCUGACGGGAGAUGUGUUGCAGCCACUAGGACGUAGUGUUCCUAUUGUAAGGAAUAUAGCAAAAGCACAGUCCUCGCCCUCCAAAGCAGCUGUGUGCUCAUUGCCGUCUCAGAGCCCUGACUCAGUCUCACCAUCACGGCAAGCUAAGAAAUCAGCUCGAACUAAAUCAGCUACAAGUACUUCAACUCCCAAGAAGAGUAGUUCUGCUAAAAAUACCACACCAAAGAAAAAAAGUGUAAGCUCAGGAAAAAAGGAAAAAAUUAUUCCUGUAUUGUGUUCUACAUCUGCAACUUCUUUGACUACGCUGAUCAGAGAAAGUAACAAGGCACUUAACGUCUCCCCUAAGGCAUCUAAAAUAGUGAUGUCUACAGUCUGUGUCUAUAUAAACAAACAUGGAAACUUUGGUCCUCAUCUGGAUCCUAAGAAAAUCCAGCAGCUGCCUGACCACUUUGGUCCGGGCCCUGUGAACGUGGUGCUGCGGCGAACCGUGCAGGCCUGUGUGGACUGUGCCAUUCAGUCUAAGACUGUUUUUGGAUUCCUGAAGCCAGAUAAUCGUGGAGGAGAAGUGAUAACUGCCUCCUUUGAUGGGGAAACUCAUUCCAUCCAGCUUCCUCCUGUGAACAGUGCUUCAUUUGCUCUCCGCUUUCUUGAGAAUUUAUGCCACAGCAUGGAGUGUGACAACCUUUUGAGUAGCCAGCCUUUCAGCUCUUACAAGAGUAGUAAUACUCCUAGCCCUGCAAAAAAUGAUCAAAAUACAUCAGACUUUGAAGAUGUCUGUUAUGCCUUUAAGACCUUAGUUGAUAUUGGGGAUGGACAGGGUAAACAGCCUAACCCAAAACUAAAAGAUUCAAAGCUAUUUGAGGAUUAUGGCAGCUUUUUUAAAGGUUCUGAAUUUUGCAUCUCUGGAUUAGAGAUCUUCAACAGUGAUGUCUGCGAAGAAAGGAAUGGAAAGAAUACCAUCAAACGUUGUGCUCAGUCACCGGUUCCUUACAUCGUGCCCGUGUCUCCUAAGCGUGCAGUGAUGAACAUCAAUGUCUCUUCAGAAGAGCUAUUGUCCGCCAAGGGAGGUGACACGUCCAGAGCGGAGGAGCUUCCAGAAAAAGGAGUGGACACUUCACUGACUUCUGGAAAUUCUCUGAUUUCUGCGGGUGGAGAUUCUACCCAUACUGGUACUACAGUCUGCAAGAUGAUGUCUGAAAAUGUGCCAGACGUGUUGAGUUCGCAAGCAGUUGGGAACAACAACUCUGCCAAAAGCAGUUCCCAGGAGACUGAAAUCCAGAUGCAGAGGAAAAGUGAAGCUGCAAGUUCCACAACUAUACCAGAUGCCAGUACCCCAAAACACGGCCUAUCUAAGCACCCUUCCAGCUGGUCUGUGGAUGAAGUCAUCCAAUAUAUGAAAACCAAAGAUCCUCAAAUGCCAGCUCCCAUCACUGACCUCUUCAGGAUACACGAAAUCGAUGGGAAGGCUCUGUUAUUACUGAAGAGUGAAGUCAUGAUGAAAUAUAUGGGGUUGAAGCUGGGCCCAGCAUUAAAGCUAUGCUAUUACAUUGAUAAGCUGAGAGAAGGAAGAUACAGUGACAAAAAUACUUAAGUUUAGAGUUGAUAUAAUUCUCAGGAGUAUUGCUGAAAUGUUUAAUUUAAAAAUGUGAAGUUUUUGUUUCAUAGAAGUUUCCUAUAAAAGUAUUUGCUCAGAAUUAAAAAUUAGGGUAACAGUCCAAUUUUUAACAAGAGGCUUUUUUUUUGUUUGUUUGUUUUUACUGCUUUAAGAACUGUUUAACAUCUUAGGAUUAACAUAUACAGACUGGCAGUCUGUCCUUUGCCUUACUCUUUUUACUGUACAAAUAUGCUUCAUGCAGUGAACAGAAGAGAACUUUUCCCUUUGUUCCAUCUCUGUGUCUAGAACCAAACAGCUAAAUCCCAAAGGGUAGGAUAUCAGGGAUUGGCAACAUCUGUAAUUACAAUUCAGGCGAAUUUUUCCUCAGAAGAAAACUUAGAUGUGCCCAUAAAUAUCAUCUCGUUCUCACAUGUUUUCCCUACCUGAUUCUGCAGUGUCUGUUCAUGUUCUACCAAUUUCUAGAAAGAUACUAGCCGUAGAUAUUAGUUCCUUCCUGUUAUCAUUUCUGUGUGUGUUUUGUUCAUAUAUAAAGGAAAUAAGCCAGCUUAUAAACGUCCAUAAGUGUUCUUACAGGUUUUGAUCCAGUUUUAAAGUCAGCAUAGAAAGGAUGAUCCUUUUAUGCAGGAAGUAUUUAAACCACAAGGGCAGUUUGGUUGGAGCAUGAUUACAUUUUUCCAACAAGAUACAUAUUUUAAAGCUCCCCAUUUUUUAAAUGCUUGGGCAGGAAGUAGGCAUUUAUUUCUCAUAUUUCUGUGUGAAGAUACCUGCGUCCCAAUUUAUAAAAUAUAUAUAUUUUAUUGUAUUGUUUAUUCCCCAUACAGAUCCUUUACCAUAUUUAUAUAUUCUAUACUUGUAGGAAUACACACAAAUCUUUUCUCUUUGAAUUUAAUAUGGCACUUUGCACUGCCACAGAGGUGAUGAGCUGUGUAUAUAUUAGAUGCUGUAUUUUGUUUAAAAAAAAAAAAACAGCAAAAAGUGCAAAUUGUGUGUGAUCACCAGUACCUCUCAACUUAACUCUUCAGGGGAUGGGAAACGAUCUGUAGAUUGGUUUCCGUACAGGGAAAUUCUCUGUGCUAUGCAAUGUUUCUGAUCGAUCUGCUUAGUUCUGAGCCAUAUUUCUGCUUCACUUGAAAGAUGCCGUUAGUUCUGACUUACUGUUUUAGGCUUUACCGUUGAAGUUAGGACUUUCAAGGGGAAAUGGUGCUGCGUGUGUACUGUUACUAGUUUGUAUAAUGUUGGUGUUAUGUUGAUAAGCUACCAGAAG